UGAGAUCUAUUUAAUAGCUAUCUGAAUGUGCCCGAUGUCUAAACGUGUUUGAGGAUAUAUUUAAAGACCAUUCAACAUUGUGCGGGUAGUUAAUAUUUCGCUGCGUCAAGAAAAGUAGCUAACCCUACCUGAACAAGAGUCGUUCAAAUACAUGUAGAAACACCUAAAGCAAGAACGAACUAUUAUCAAACUGUCCACGGCACAGGACAUGGACCUGGAUAUUAGAAAAUAUCUGAACAGGGCGAGGGAACAAAAAGAUGUUGAGGCUGUGCGGCUAGCAUACCAGCUGAUCACGGACGCGCUCCCCGAUGGCGGAGGCGCGCGCCGGCCCUGCUGCGCCGCGGAGCUGCUCGUGCUGUGUGCAGAGGAGGCUCUACAGUUGGGUUGCAUGGAGAUAAGUGUGGCGUGUCUAAAGUCGUACUUUGAAGGGAACCCGGCGACUAAUCAGUUCCUUUGUCGAGCCUACCUCUGCAAGGGCCAGCUGAGGUCUCCAGCAACCAGCGGGAACGCGGACGACUUUCAAAGUGCGCUGCUGUAUUUUCAGAAGGCCAUUGAGAUAUCAAAGAACAAUCCGAGAUACCACUUCCUGGUGUUCAACACUUCGCUGCGCUUCCUCCAGGCCAUGCGUCCGCUGCUGCGGCCGGGUCUGCGGGGCCGCCUGGCGCCCUCGCUGGCGCUGUUGGUCUCGGCGCUGGAAGAGGUGGCAGAGCCUGACUACAGCUGGAGGGCCGAGCUCAUGAUACAUCUGGUGGAGUGCCUUGUGGAUGCUGGGAGGAGGGAGGAUGCCUGCAGAUAUUCCACCGUUACAUCAGAAUUUGUCGCGUCACACGCCCCUCAUCUGUAUCCAGAAGUCCUCACCCUCAUGGCUCGGUACCAGCUGCUGGGGGACAGUAGCCCAGAUAUGACCACACACGCUCCCAGUGGGGCAGUUCUUCAUAAAAUACUCAAGCUUAAAAACAGGGUGGAGGGAGGAGAGAGAGAGUCGUGUCUUCUCAGCGAGGAGGAUGUUGUGGAACUCAAAGAAGUUUUCAGUCUGCUGGCUGAACACGCAGCAGGACCCCAUGCCGUGAUGCCGGGGGAGACUCCAACUAACACAAGCCAGACCUCUGCAGCCAUCCCCCCUGCUGAAAGAGUUGUGUUGCUGCUGGAGCUGGCUGUGCUUGGCCUGCAGAGGAAGCAACGGGAGGUGGUCGCCAGCUGCUUAAAGGAGCUGAGAUCAGCCAAAGAAACAACGGCCAGCCAACAUGUCAUGCUGGAGUGCUUCCAGUGUGAACUCAACGUCCUGAGGAAGCAAGAGAAGAUGAGCGUCUAUUCCAAAGCCGGCAUCGAGGCGCGGCUGAAGGAGAUAGGGAAGCUGGAUCGGUUGCUGAGGCGCGUGGCGGCGGCGGCGGGCGAGGCAGACCCCAGAGCGGUGCAGGCGGUGUGUGCCACCCAGUGGAGCGUCUGCCUGCCCCUGCUGCAGCGCAACCUCAGGAAACGCGUCCGGACGGAGCUGCAGAGGGUGGCCCAGGCCCUGGAGGACAUCAACAGCAUGCUGCUGGAGACCCGCUGUGAGGUCCACCAGGAGCUAGCCCUCCUGGAGGAGGAGGAGGGCCGUCUGGAGGCCUCCCUGGGGCACCUGGAGAGAGCCGUGCUGCUGGCAGACGGACCGCGCAGAGAGCGCCUGUUGACCACGGUCCACCGGCUGCGCCUCAGAGCCACCCUGUACAGCGCCCCCAGCAGGCCGGAGGACAGGGCCGCCAUGCUGCUCCAACAGGCAAAGGACAAGGCCCCAAAAGACAGCAUUGAUAUUCGUUCCACGCUGGUCCAAGCUGGUCUCCUCCUGGCCCCUGAUGCUUUCCAGAUAGUGCUGGAUGCGGACUGCACGCCUGAAAGCAGUGAUGGGACUGUACCUGCACUUCAGCUGUCUGCCAAGGCCAAGCAUCACUCUAGGUCGGUCCAGGGGGUGAAGGGACAUCUGGAGGGACUGGCAGAUGACAACAACGCCACAGAGAGGGUGAAUGUGUGGGCAGUGCUGGUGAAGGCUGCCAGGGGACAUGAGGUGUGGGACGUAUGCAGAGCUGCUUGCCGCUUCUGUCUGCUCUACGACGACGGCAGAUGGACUGAGAAGGGUCAGAGUCCAGAGCAAGGUUCUGUCCAGAUCAACGCCUCCUCCAGGGAUGUGCUUCUUCUCCUGGCCGAAAUCUGUUUCAUCAAUGCUGAGGCCACUGUCCAGAAGCUGCAAUCGGAGGGGGUGGAGCUUAACAGUCCUGCUGUCCUGCCCCAGGACAGAGGAGGCCCCGCCUCUGAGGACCAGUGGGGGGUCUACAGGGACUGGAUCCAGUCUCUGUCGGCCUAUGCCACCGCUGGCUUCCUGCGGGGAGCGGAGUUGGGGGAGGAGCUUGGCGAGUGGUGGAUGGUGGACAAUGCCGCCGUGUACCUUUGGAACUACAGCCGCCCCCUGCUGGCGGCCUGCGAGUAUCGCACCCUCCUGCCCACCUUCCAAACGCUAGUAGACACGCUUAGACGAACUGGACACUAUGGGGAUCAGGCGCUGUUGAUGCUGCUGUGUGACUGUGUGGCCCGCGGGCUGCUGCAGCCUCUGCUGGGCCGAGACGGAGUCAGGACCAAGAAGGGAGCGGGGAGGACCCCGGACAAGGCAGGCUCCACCACCCACCUUGGGGGAACCCUGGCGAUGGAGCCGGCCGCCCUAAAGGACUUGAACAAGGCUCUGGAGGUGUGUGAAUUCGCCCUACGUCUGUCAAGCGUGGCCGUCCCUGGAGGGGCCGUAUCCAUGGUGACCAGGAAACAGGUGCUGGCCACCUGGGUUCAAAUCAAGAGGCUCCUGCAGCAGCCUGUCAGCCAGACGAAGGAAAUUGGGGUAGAGUGUAAGGGAGACGAGUCCGUGGCGGCCAUGACACGCGUGCUUGUUGCCGUGGAGAUGCACUUGUGUUGCAACAGAGACGGUGUGCAGGUGGAGCCUGCGGUGCCCGGCCUCUCGUCACUCGUGCGCGCCGCGUCUGACUGUGCGUGGAGCGACGCGGCGGCGGAGCUGCAGGUGUGGAGCCAGCUGGCGUCGCUCUGUCACCAUGGCGACGACCACAACCUGGUGCUCCACUGCACCCAGGCUGCGCUGCUGCUCGAGGGCGCUGCGUCUAGAGGCGUCAGUGGUUCCCUUUACGGGCCGAAUGCAGUGAAUGAGAUGCUGAGCAGCGUGGCCGGUCUGAGGGGCCUGAGCCUGGCACACCAGUCCAGCGGAGACCUCCACAAAUUCAAAGAGGCCCUGCAUGUCCUGCUGUCCAGUGUCAGCUUUGCAGAGAAGGCUCAGAGCCUGCCCCUGUGCAGGGCAGCGGCCAGACAUUACUGGAACACCUGCCUGCCACUGACCCGGGCCCCCGCAGACCGACAGCAGCUCCAGGGACCCCUGGAGAGGAUUCUGAGUGCCCUGUGUCAUACCGGGCCCCGACAGACUACGCAGGGUGAGGCAAAGGGCAGGGUUGCUGCGACAACCACGGCUAAAUUGGAAGAACUUACAAACGAUGAAGAUGAUGAAAUAGGCCUACGAGCGGGCAUGUACCAGAUGCUGUUUCGUAUCCACGGCGAUCAAGGCGAUUGGGAGAGAGCUCUGCAGGUGCUGGAUAAGGGUGUCAGAGAGCUGCCUCGGACCCAACACAGACUGCUCCUGUUGCAGCAGCGCACGCUGGUCCGUGCACGGCUGGGCCAGAGUGUUGGGACGGACAUGCAGAGGUUCAAGGAGGAGGGGGAUCAUGUCUGUUCCUCUGUGUGGCACCAGGUGGCGCUGUGUUCCCCUGACACCCAGCAGCAGCUGGCCGGCUUCCAGAGCUCGGUGGCCUCUCUCUCAGAGCACGGUGCAGAGGGCCGGUGGCAGAAAGCAGACCUCCUAAUGCAGUUUGCAGAGUGGCUGUACGGUCAGAACCAGCCUCUCCAGACGACCCAGCACCACCUCCACUGGGCCGUAGACCUGCUGCUGCAGCUGGACCCUGAACUGGCCCAGGAGACAGACGACCCGUCCAAGGACAGUGGCUCCGCUGACACCUUGGGGCCAGAUCCCCCCCUACAAGCGGUGGACAGGGGGGCCUCCAUUCUAUCGGCGCUGCAGGAUGUGAGGUGUCUGGACGGGCUGAUCAGAGCGCACACCCUGCUGGGCUUCAUGGAGCCCAGGACCUCCCCGGGCCACCAGGAGAACCUGCUCCGGGCCUACGUCUUCGUCCUGCACACCUGGAACGUGUCCAUGGCAACGGUGCGUGAGGUCCUUACCGAGAUGGCGAAGGCUCUGCCGGUGGAGCCCCCCAGCUCUGCUGCCUCCAGGAAGGAGAAGAGUGUGGUGCGAGAUAAGGGCAAGGGGAAGAAGACCAAAGAGGCACAGCAGACCCCCCGACCCCCCACUGAGGAGAAGCCUCAACAACUGUUCCAGGAGGAGGAGCUCACCCUCCCUUCCACGCCUACAGAGUGGGCGCGCUACGUCUGUCCCCACGUGGUGCGGGAAACCUUCCGGACAAGUGGCGCCCACCACUGCAUCAGCAAACCCAGCUUCCCCAAACAGGCCCAGAGUCUGUUCUACCUGGAUCUCCUGGUCAGGGAACUGACGUCCCUCUCCCUCCCCCAUCUGAGCCUCCCUGUGCUGCACCUUGCCGAGACCAUCGCCCACGACCUUGUGGGCAGGAAGGGCCUGUCCGACCUCUACCGCCUCAGGAUUGUGAGGACCUGUUGUCAACUGGGUAUGGAGGCCCAUUCUCCUUACCAGGACGAGCUGUUGGACCUCAGUAGCCUCCGGGAACAGGAACUAAUUGACUGUCGUAAGGCAAUUUUUAUAGCAAGGCAGAGGAGGAGCCAAAACAUGCUUCCAAAACAGAGUUCCUCUGCGGAGCCCAGGCCGGAGGUACGGCUCCACCAGUGGAGAGCUGAGCUGAGCUCUGAGGGUAUAUGGCUGGACAAGGCUGAGGUGUGCCUCAGCAUUGGGCUCUAUCCAUCAGCCAGAUGGCUUCUGGUCGAGGGCCAUCUGCUGGCCAAGGAAGUGGGUCAGCAGGAGACCGAGGCCAGGGCUCUACUGGGUCUGGCGGGUUUGGCCUGUGCGGAGGGGGACCAUGGCCAGGCCCUGGAACUCCUGGACCGGGCUCAGGACCUGGGAGGGGACGAGGAGUUCUGGUACAAGCUCACACUGACCCGGGUCCAAGCCACGGCCAGCCUGGGAGACCAGGAGGCGGGUGCGAAGGUUGAUUUGGUUAUACAGCAGGGCUGUGCAGUUCUCCGCUCCGUUCUGGGCCAGCGACCCAACCACGCUCCAAGGCUGCGCCUCUGGAUCGCAUCCCUGGAGACGAGACGUGCUGCGGAAUGCAUCCGCCUCGUGAGCCACCGGGGGCCCGGAGAGACCAUCUCAGCCGGGGAAGCCCUCAGGCUGACCCAGGCCUGCCACGCUCUCAGAGAUGCUGCCCGGGAGAGCACUCAACUGGGCCAGGAGGAGCAGGCUGCGCAGGCCCAUCUGGAGCACGCCACGGGACUCAGAGUCUUGGCCAGACACGCUGGCAGUGAUGACGAGGAGAAGCGCCACCUGCUGGACAGCGUGUGCAGGAUGCAGGAGGCAGUGUCCUUGCAGGAGCAUGCUCUGCUGAGGGCAUGGAGCUGGGCCCCCUCGCAGGAGAGUCCCGGCCUGACAUUGGUGUCCAUGCGACGGCUGCAGCGCCUGCGGCUAUCUCUGGCGGAGCUGUGUCUGGCCACGCUGGAGCAGCUGCACGCAGAGGAGGAGGUCCAGGCCCACGCCCGCCGAGCCAAGUCCUCCGCACAGAGAGCGCUGGAGGACUUCACCUGUCACACUCCGGAGCCGGGCUGCCUAGACCAGGCUAUGUGA